AUGUCGUUUGAAAUGAACAAUUCAUGGCUUAAUUUAAUUAAUCAAUCAGUUACAAAUGAUAGUGAUGAACGUUUCAAUUUUAAAUCAACUUCAGAAGAUUUCUUUACUCGUGAAGGUGAACGAUUUAUGCGUGAAGAUCCUAUGUUACUAAUUUCAAAUUCUGUUCUUACGGAUAUAACACAAAAUCAAGAUCAAUCAUGGUCAAAUGAAUCAAAUCCUGAUAGUCCUGGUUGUUCAACAACAACUUUUUUUAUGGCUAAAUCAUCAACACCUGGUGAAAUGCUCAAUGCACUUCUUGCUGGAAAAACUGAUGGAAUUGCAACAAAAGAAAAUCAACAAUCAAGAUCUUUACGAAAUAUUGUUACUGGAUGGAAUGAACCAUCAUUACUUAAUAAAAAAUCACAUAGUGGACUUAAUUUACGUCAACAAAAGGAUUCACCUUUUAAUGAAGUAAAUUUCAUGACUAUUGUUUUCUAAAGUUCUUUUAUAUACAGGUGGACAUAAGUUUAGAGCAGUUGUAUUUUUGAGUUUUCUUCUUGAUGGUAAUAGCUAGGAAGAUUCUAGAAUAUAUUUGAAGCUUUUGGAAAAUAGUUUUAUUUGAUAGAACAAAAUGAGAUGUCUCGACUUCCUUCAUCGAACUACAUUCAAUUUAUAGAAAACCUUAAAGCAUCAAACACGGCGAAAUUAUUGAAAUUUUUUAUAAAACAACAGAAAAAUAUUUCUUGUGUCUUCUAUAAAAAUUAAAUGCAACUCGGCGAAGGAAGUCGAGAUAUCUCAUUUUGCUCUAUUAAAAAAACUAUUUCAGAAAAACUUCAGAUAGAUGCCAGAAAACGGAUUUUGAGAAGUUGUUGGUUUUUCAGACAUCUUCAUCCAAACAGUUUUAUUUGAGUUUUUAGGUUCACAAACUCUGAUAGGGAAUUAUUUUAUCUACUCAAAUGUCUUUUUGGAAGUCUUUCUAACUAUUAUCAUUGACAAGAAAACACAAAAAUAUAAUUGUUCUAAACCUGUUUUUUUUCAUCACUAUAUACAUAUAUGUAUUUGCAAUAGAAUUGCAAUACCAUUGUUAAAAAAUCCA